AUGCCUUCACAGCCCUCCAACGCCGGCAUCGUCACCGACGAGAACAGUGGCAGCCGCGAGAUCCCCCAGUCCGUCCGCGCCGACGGCAGCACGCGCAGGGCCAUCAAAAUUCGCCCUGGGUACCGGCCCGCCGAGGACGUCGAGGUCUACAAGAACCGCACCGCCGAGGCUUUCCGCGAGCGGGGCAAGAGAAUCGGCAUCCCGGGUGCCGCCAGCGCCGGCGAGGACAGCUCGGAGCAGGGAUCUGCCGCCAGCAACAAGAACGCCAAGAGGCGCGAGGCUCGUAGGAAGGCCAAGGCUGCCGACGGCGACGGCGAUGCGCCCAUCACGGAACAGCCCAAACCCGAGGAGGUCGACCCUGAUGUUGAGCGCGAGAAAAAGGCCCGGAAUCUUAAGAAGAAGCUGAAGCAGGCCAAGGACCUAAAGAACAAGAAGGAGGGUGGCGAAGCUCUGCUGCCGGAGCAGAUUGCCAAGGUCAUCAAAAUCAAUGAGCUGAUUCGGGAGCUGGAUGCGCUUGGUUUCGAUGCCGAAGGAGAGCCCAAGCCCAAUUCGGAUGCAGCUCCCACCAAGGGUGAUGACAAGGAGGAUUGA